UUUUUUUUUUUUUUUUUUUUUUUCUGUGUAGUCCUGGCUGUCCUGGAACUUACUCUGUAGACCAGGCUGGCCUCAAUUGAAGGGAUUGAAGGGAUGUACCACCACACCUGGUAUAAAGCUUCUAUUUUUAAAAAUCCACUGAGUAGGGCUGGAGAUGGCUCAGCAGCUAAGAUAACUGACUCUUCCAGAGGACCCAGGUUUGAUUUCCAGCACUCACAUUGCUGAGCACAACUGUACCUUGUGAGACUCAGUAGAUCUGAUGCCACCUUCUGGUCUGUGUGGACACCAAGCAUACAUGUCUCAUAGGCACAUACAUGCAGGCAAAACACUUGUAUAUGUAAAAUAGUCAUAAAAACAAAGAGCUAAAAAUACCAUUAAAACAAAGAAAGAAACAAACAAAACACUGUCUUAGAGUUUUACUGCUGUGCACAGACACCAUGACCAAGGCAAGUCUUAUAAAAACAACAUUUAAUUGGGGCUGGCUUACAGGUUGAGGUUCAGUCCAUUAUCAUCAAAGAGGGAGCAUGGCAGUAUCCAGGCAGCAGGGUGCAGGCAGAGCUCAGAGUUCUACAUCUUCAUCCAAAGUCGGCUAGUGGAAGACUGACUUCCAGGCAACUGGGGUGAGAGUCUUAAGCCCACAGUGACACACCUAUUUCAUCAAGGCCACACCUCAAGAUGGUGCCACUCCCUGGUCCAAGAAUAUACAAACCAUCACAAACACUGACAGCCCAAUCUAACUGAAUAAGUGAACUCCAGGGUCAGUGCAAUACCUUGUCUUAAAAAGGUGGCACAUGCCUUCAACCCCACAGCACUUGAGGUAGAGGCAUUCAUAUCUUUUGAGUUUGAGGCCAGUUUAGUCUACAUAUUGAGGACUUGCCUAAAAAAACAACUCAGUUAAUUGAUUAAUCCACUAGCUACAGAACUGAACCAAGAACGUUCUGGCGGGGCUUUUCUGAUGGUUACAUUCUGCUACUAGAGAAGAAAACCUUGAGCAGCACACAUUUCUAAUAAAUUUAGGCCUUUUGUUCUAAAAAUCCACUGCUUUUUCCACAGAGUACUAUUCCACUGUGUACAUGUGCCAUGUUCUCCCCAUCAGUUCAUCCAGUGGUAGACCAUUUCUGUAUCCUGGCUGCUCAUGGCAGUGCCACAUUGAACCUGGAACCAUUGACACAUGUUUGAAAUCUCCAUUUCAGUACCUUUGGGUACUUAUAUGGCCUUGAAUGAUAGUGAUAUUCUCAUAAUUACAUUGUGACCCCAACUCUACCAGUUGUAUACUAUAAUAUUAAUUAAUAGGUUUUCGUUGAGAUAGUGUUUCCUAUAGGCCCAGGUUGGUCUUGAACUCACUGUGCAGCUGAGGAUAAUCUUAAUCUUACGAUUCUCUGUCAAUCACCUCCUGUAUUAGUCAGGGUUCUCUGGAGUCACAGAAUUUAUGGAUAGUCUCUAUAUAGUAAAGGAAUUUAUUGAUGACUUACAGUCUGCAGCUCAACUCCCAACAAUGGUUCAGUCGCAGCUGUGAAUGGAAGUCUAAGGAUCUAGCAGUUACUCAGUCUCACACAGUAAGCAGGCGAAGGAGCAAGAUCGAGACUCCCUUCUUCCAAUGUCCUUAUAUUGUCUCCAGCAGAAGGUGUAGCCCAGAUUAAAGGUGUGUUCCACCACACCUUUAAUCCCAGAUGACCUUGAACUCGGAGAUUUAAUCUUCUGGAAUCCAUAGCCACUAUGCCUCAAGAUGUCCAUACCAAGAUCCAGAUCAGAAACUUCUAUCUCCAAGCCUCCAGAUAAGGGUCACUGGAAAGCAAUGUUUUACAAGUGAUACAAUGAAGAUGCUUCUAAUAACUGCCUGACUUCAGGAAAUGCAUUCUCAGAUCUGCCUUAACCACAUCCCAGAUGUCUGCAUGGUCUUUGAAGUACUUGGUCACCAUCUCCUCAAAUGGAUCAUCAAAUCCAACUAUCAAGGCCUCCCAGUACGUUGUGUGAAGAGUAUCAUUCGACAGGUCCUUCAAGGGUUAGAUUAUCUACACAGUAAGUGCAAGAUAAUUCACACCGACAUAAAGCCGGAAAACAUCUUGAUGUGUGUGGAUGACGCUUACGUGAGAAGAAUGGCAGCCGAAGCCACGGAGUGGCAGAAAGCAGGUGCUCCUCCUCCCUCUGGGUCUGCAGUGAGUACGGCUCCACAGCAAAAACCUAUAGGAAAAAUAUCUAAAAACAAAAAGAAAAAGCUGAAAAAGAAACAGAAGAGACAGGCUGAGUUGCUGGAGAAACGCCUACAGGAGAUUGAGGAAUUGGAGCGAGAAGCCGAAAGGAAAAUCCUAGAGGAGAACAUCACCUCUGCAGAAGCUUCCGGGGAGCAGCAGGAUGGAGAGUACCAGCCGGAGGUGACACUGAAAGCAGCCGACUUAGAGGACACAACUGAGGAAGAGACAGCAAAGGAUAAUGGUGAAGUUGAAGACCAGGAAGAGAAAGAAGAUGCAGAGAAGGAGAACGCGGAGAAGGAUGAAGAUGAUGUUGAACAGGAACUUGCAAACUUAGACCCUACCUGGGUGGAGUCCCCGAAAGCCAAUGGCCAUAUUGAAAAUGGCCCGUUCUCACUGGAGCAGCAGCUGGAGGAUGAAGAGGACGAUGAAGAUGACUGUGCAAAUCCCGAGGAGUAUAACCUCGAUGAGCCAAAUGCAGAGAGUGAUUACACGUAUAGCAGCUCCUAUGAACAAUUCAAUGGUGAAUUGCCAAAUGGACAACAUAAGACUUCAGAGUUUCCCACACCGUUGUUUUCUGGGCCCUUAGAACCUGUGGCCUGUGGCUCUGUGAUUUCAGAGGGAUCGCCACUUACCGAGCAGGAGGAAAGCAGUCCCUCCCAUGACAGAAGCAGGACAGUUUCAGCCUCUAGUACUGGAGAUUUGCCAAAAACAAAAACCCGGGCGGCUGACCUGUUGGUGAACCCUCUGGAUCCACGGAAUGCAGAUAAAAUUAGAGUAAAAAUUGCUGACCUGGGAAAUGCUUGUUGGGUGCAUAAACAUUUCACAGAGGAUAUCCAGACACGUCAGUAUAGGUCCAUAGAGGUUUUAAUAGGAGCAGGCUACAGCACACCUGCAGACAUUUGGAGUACAGCUUGCAUGGCAUUUGAGCUCGCCACAGGAGACUAUUUGUUCGAACCGCAUUCUGGGGAAGACUAUUCCAGAGAUGAAGACCACAUAGCCCACAUCAUAGAGCUGCUAGGCAGUAUCCCAAGGCACUUUGCUCUGUCUGGAAAAUAUUCUCGGGAAUUCUUCAAUCGCAGAGAUCACAUAGCAUUGAUCAUUGAACUGCUGGGGAAAGUCCCUCGAAAAUACGCUAUGUUGGGGAAAUAUUCCAAGGAGUUUUUCACCAGAAAAGGAGAACUGCGGCACAUCACCAAGCUGAAGCCCUGGAGCCUCUUUGAUGUACUUGUGGAAAAGUAUGGCUGGCCCCAUGAAGAUGCUGCACAAUUUACAGAUUUCCUGAUCCCAAUGUUAGAGAUGGUUCCAGAAAAACGAGCCUCAGCUGGCGAAUGCCUUCGACAUCCUUGGUUGAAUUCUUAGCAGAUUCUACAAAUAUAGCAUUCUGAGCUAGCAAAUUUCUCCCAGUACAUUGGACCUACACAGUGGCUCUCAUUCUUUAACAGGAUUACCAGUGAGCUGGCUCCACCCUCAGACCUUUGUAGUGCUUUGAGGUACUGUUGUUUGACACUUUGCUUCCUGUGCACCAUGGUCCUGGGGAAGGCUGGUCUUUGUCUUCAGCUAAGUAGUUUACUGGCCAUUUUCUUCUGGAAACAAUAACAUGUCUCUAAGCAUUGUUUCUUGUGUUGUGUGACAUUCAAAUGUCUUUUUUUUUUUUUGAACGAAAAAUACUUUCCCUUUUGUGUUUUGGCAGGUUCUGUAACUAUUUAUGAAGACAUAUUUUAGCUGAGUAUUAUAUAAUUUACAAUCUUAAGAAAUUAUCAGUUGGAACCAAGAAAGAGCAAGGAAAUGUACAAUUUUAUCGUCUGGCAAAGGGAAAUCAUUCCUGUAUUAUACUAGUGUAUGUAACUAUUACUUUGCAUAAAUAGGGGAUGAGGAUUCACAUUCAGAAAAGCUACCCAGUCCUGAGCGCUUUUUGGCCUACAUUGCAUGUUGCAGAUUUCCACUGCUUCAGAAAGUUGCACAAACUUUUCAUUCCAUAACAACCCAAGUGGUUCUGGACGAGGUGCCAUGCCCUCUGUGGCACUUUAAAGAGAGAAAAACUUUAAAAAUUUGACACUAUAAUCUAGCAGUUCCAUUUGUAUUUUGCAUAUUUUUAAGCUAUGUUUAAAGUAUCAGUCAUUUCCACUUAAAAUGUGAUGGCCCAAUCCCCGGUAGUGUCACCUCUCACCAGCACUGUAAGUUAAAUACGUAGAUUAAAUUGGACAAGAGAAAUAUGUUCAGUGUGUGGAAUGAAAAAAAUAUUUUUUGAAAAGCAUGAUCGUGUUUGUUUAAAACACAAGGCGUGGCUUAGACAGUUUGCAACGCAGUGGACCGAGCACUCCUCACAGCUUCAAGGUAACAGCGACCGUGCCCAUGCCGUCCUAGGCAGCUUCCCUUCCCUCGCCUUUUCCUUACCUCCCAUGAAUGAGAAGGCCAUUUCCCCUUUGCAGACCGCAUACAGUUUUAGUUUAUGCAUUUCCUUAAAAUUAACUGUAGAAUCCAGGAUACAAACCAUUAGUAGGCAAUACUAUUUUAGAAUGUAACAUAGGAGGUGUAUUUAGCCUCUUUUAGAAGUCAGUGGGUUGAAUGUCUUUUUUUUAAAAAUUUUUAUUCAUUAAGGUGCCUCGUUUUUCUUGACUUUGUCCAUUAACAUUUAUUCAUAUGCCUUUGCAAUAAUUAGAUUGUGAAAAGCUAACAAGUGUUGUAACAAUAAUCCUUUGUUUGGGGUGCUUGCACUUGUCUUAAAAAUUAAAGUGUUUUGGGGUGUUUUUCCAGACAUUGCCUUGCUUAUUACCCUGUAUUUCAAGAGACAGAAUCAACAUACCUUUGCUCUCUGUAGUGUCAACAAAGCUAAAGGAGUUGCAGAUUGUCACAGAACAUACAUUAAGGCAGAAUGGAUUUAUGAACGAGGCUUUAGUUAUAGCUUCAUUAUCUACAAUGUGGGUGUUCCCUUUUUUUAAUCAGUGUUUCAUCGUAAGUGCAAUGGUUUCCUCCCCUGUCCCCUCCAAUCUUUCCCUGUGUGAACAAGACACAUAUCCUUCUUAGGGUUUAACAUUUUUAUAUCAUACACUGUAGUAAGAUAGACGAUGCCACUCAUUCACAAACUAUGCAUGCUGGGUUUUUCCAAUGAGGCUGUGCGUUUCCUUAUAGAGCCUAUGACAAAUGGUGGCUGCUGAGUCAUGAUUUCUAUAGAAACAUUCCUAUAAGAACCACAGAGUGUGUUUAUGUUUUCCCUACCUCUGAAAGAACUUUUACCAUUUGAAUGAAAUUUGUCUAAUGAGGUUAGAAAUGUCAAAUUGGAAAAGGAAGCUAGAAUAUUAAUCUUAAGGUGGUUCUUCUAUUAAUAAUACCCUAGCGAGUGUAUGAUAUACCAAGGAGUUCUAGCAUACACUUUUGUGAUUGGGUACCAUAUGGUUAUAUCUGAUUCUUGGUAGCAUGAUGAUAAAGAAUAAAUGUAAAGGUUGGGUGUGGUGGUGCACUCCUUUAAUAUCAGCACUUGGGAGGCAGAGGCAGGAAGAUCUCUGAGGCCAGCCUGUUCUGCAUAAGCUCCAGGCCACCCAAGGUUAUAUAGUGAAGGAAAAUCUAGGAAGAAAAAAGAAUAAAAGCUUAAAGUGAACCAUUGGUUAUUUGGAACAUUAUAGCCAAGUCAGUCUUUUUAGUGAAAAGACCCUAUGAAAUCUUCAUGGAAAAUUACAAGCAGUGGGUCUCACAUGUGACUUUAGCAGAUCCAGAAAUAGCUAAUCUAAAAAAUGGCAGAACCAUCCAGAGAAAAAGUAGUAGGGAGUGUAAAAGAAGUCUACUCUUUAACGAGAUCUGCUUGUUUGUCCAUAUUCCCUGCACCAUGCAUAACUUAACAGGUAUGAGUAAAAAAAACUUUCAUUGGAAUAGAAAACACGUUCGGAUUAUUUUUCUUUUCUUAUUUUGUGAGGCAAGGACUCGGAGAUCUGCCUACCUAGGCAUGCCACCCCUCACUACCCCCCCCCCCACACACACACAAUCUCUCUCUGAAUUAGAAGUUUGUAGAGUGUGUCCAUUAAAGAUUCUAUUUAGUUGAAGUGUUUCAGUUUGCAGAAGAGCUCUCGUUAUGAAUUACUUAGCUAGCUGGCUACUUUAAGUCUGUGGACAAGUGAUUUUAAGGGUGAAUAUUGCCAUUUCUUUGGUCUGUCUGAAAUUGUCAUGGAGGGACACAAUGUGAACCUGUCAGUUUUCAGAUUCAGGUUUCUUUGGUAAGCAUCCUAAGGAGAACAUGGGCAAGUUUCUUCAGAAACUUGGGUCACUGAUUUUAAGCCCUAAAUGAGCUGUAUUCUCGAAUAUCAUCAGAGUUAAUUUUCAAAUGGGAAUUAAAUGAUAAAACAUGAUUUAAGUCACUACCAAAUCUAAUUUCUUGAGUUUGCUGUUUUUCCUGAUGCACAAAAUUUAUAUACUGGGCCCAAUUGUGUCACAUGUUUGGAAGGUGGUAAAUAGGGCCACUCCUGAGAGGUAGACAGCAGAAGCUGAUAAUUAAAAAAAAAAAGUCACAACUGGUAUAUCUUCUUUCAGUAAUAAAAUAUUCACUGAAACCCUCUUCAUUCUAUUUGACGUAUUUCAGAAUAAUGCCUUUCGCCCUUGGUUUUGUUUAAAGAGACCUAUUUUCUACAACUUAAAGCCCUAAAGCUAGUAUUAAACAUAUUUUCAUAUCAGUUUUGAUUAGUGGAGCUAUUUCAGUCAUAUUUUAUACUGUACAAAUUAAAUCUCCCUGUUUUAAGUAAAUUACUCCUUUUCAAACUGCGUUAAACUGCAGUGUGCAACUAUACAGUAUGGAAUGCAUCAAUAAUGUGGAUUAAUGUUGUAGUAGAAUGUUAGGUUCUUAGACUGUUAGCUAAGUCGCAUAGAGUGGCUAUUUAAUUUCCUCUGACCCGUGCUUCUAAAGGAAAGGCAAGCAGUAGAGAGGACCGUGAGACUCACCCAGAUCGGCUGCUGGUAGCCUGCAGUGCAGCUGAGGUAGCAGCUACCGAAGAAAAUGAAUGAUUCUUUACUUACAAAUUAUAUUUGAAAAUCUUAACUUUUGUAAAAUCAUUAAGCAGACCUCAAUCUCAGAAGUUGUACAGAACAAUUUAGUAAAACUGACAUAAUUGUGGUUUAUUAACAUGAAUUAAAAUGCCCAACCAGUGCUUCAAUGUGACAGCGUAUUGAAAUAAAAAGGAAAGGUCAUGUGCUGUACUACUUUCACAGAGAUCACACGUUUGCAGCAGACUUGCCAUAUGUACAGUGCUAUAUUCCAAAUGAAAAGGGCGGGAGCAAUUAUAUACGCAAAGGAAAUUCAGUAUUUACAGUCUGUCAGGAGACACUAAAAAUUAUCUAUACAUUAAAUUACAUUUUGCUUGCAAAAAACUGAUAAAACAAUAUGAGCCAUGUCCACACCAAAUCAUAAAAACCUGUAUUGCAUUUUCAGACCUAAGAUGCACUCAAAUAACUGCUGACCAUAAAAAAAAAAGGAAAUCCUUAGUGCUUUCUUUAACUGUAUACUUAAUGCAUAUGUAUAAAAUAAUACAGAAAAUAUUCAUUAAAUGAAUUUAACUGCAACAAUGAAAUUUAAAGGUCAUGUAUCAUCAGAUCUAUGGUCAGAAAAACAGUUGGAAUGUUCACUUACAAAAUAAAGAUACCUACAGCUGG